UGAUGAUGAUGAUUUACCCGACAAAGACGAACGCAUGUUCCACCUUCCUGUUUUAAUAAUUAAAUAUGAUUGAUUAUUUUACUUCGUCACAUGACAGAUUCGCAAAUGUCAAAUCUGCUUUAUAUCGUUUUUAUUGGUUUGAAGUUUCAGAAAUGAUCUUUUCUUUAAAAUGGUAAUAAAUCAAUCCUCCGAACUUAAAUGACUUACUGCAAAAUAUAACAAACUUAUUUAUAUGUUCACGCCAAUAAAAUCUCCUCCGUUUGAGAACAUCUGACUGUUGACUUCCUUCUGCUGCUUGCAGGUUAAAAUAUCCCUCCAAAUAAAUAAAUCACAAGCAGAGUUCUUACAACAUUUCCAAAGACGCGAAUUAAAUCCCAUUUUCAGCUGAAAGGUUUAGCUGUAGAAAAAAUAUUGCCUCAUUUUGGUCGUCUAAACAUGCUGUAAAUUAAAGUCACUUUUGAUUGUUUCCUCGAAUUCGUUGUGGGUCUCCAAUCACUUUAAACUGCUGUUUGGUUUGGAUUCAGGGCGUAGGAGGAGUGGGAGGAGGGCGCUUUUUCAUAUUCAGAGAGGGGGUGCUCUUUAAGGACCUCGUUCUCUUUGGGGCUAUAAAGACGUUGUGCCUUCAAGACAGAGCAAAUUAUCUUCAUCGGCGAAUUAUUGCUUUACAAGUCGCCUCUACUCGUCGGUGCGCGAAGCGAUUAGUUUCUCUUUUUUCUUUUUUUAUAGUGACAUUUGAUUAGAGCGAGCGGUUUUCGGUGAAGAUGAUGGAAUACAUGGAGGAUAAGUUUGCCUUGAAAAGCCAAGCGAUGAAGGCCAGCGAUUACUACAUGGAUCAAGUCAUGGAGAGCCUGGACAGCGCGCAGUACUUCACCAAGUCUUCCCCAAAAUGUGUGCAGGCCUUCGGGCUACAGAGCGGCGAGCACCGCUCCUCUCCCUGCGGGGAUCAAACCCCCAGUUACAGUGUGCCAAAAACAGAUGAAGACACCUUGCACUCUGACCUCGGGAGGCCCAUGGACAGUUGUUGCACUCUGCGGGCGUCUCCGGUGACAACCGGCUCGGAGAAAACCGAUUUGGAUGAGAUGGGAGACAAGUGCGACAGUAACGUGUCCAGCAGCAAGAAGAGGAGACACCGGACGACCUUCACCAGCGCGCAGCUCGAGGAGUUGGAGAAAGUGUUUCAGAAGACACACUAUCCAGAUGUUUAUGUGAGGGAACAGCUGGCAAUGAGGACAGAAUUAACAGAGGCUAGAGUGCAGGUGUGGUUUCAAAACAGAAGGGCAAAGUGGAGGAAAAGAGAGCGCUACGGGCAAAUCCAGCAAGCCAAAAGUCACUUUGCAGCCGCCUACGAUUUAUCCGUGCUACCAAGGACAGACAGCUACACACAGAUCUCCAACAAUCUGUGGCCGAGCCCAGCUCCUGGCAGCUCUGUGGUCUCCUCUUGCAUGCUGCCCCGAGGUUCCCCUCCUUGUGUCACUUCCUACUCCCACUCCCCUCGUUCGGCCGCCACUGCUGCUGACCAUGGCUACAUGGGCUUCCCAAAUCAGCAGAACCAAUUUGGUCACGUGUCUCUCAAUAACUUCUUCAGCGCAGACUCGCUUCUCACGCCGGCAAGUAACCCAGCUUUUGACACCAAACCUGAGUUUGAGAGGCGGUCAUCCAGCAUCGCCGUGCUGCGCAUGAAGGCCAAGGAGCACACAGCCAACAUCUCGUGGGCCAUGUGAUCAGGGUUCCCAGAAAGCCCGGAUACUGUGUGGGAAUUUAUUAUUAUUUUUUUCAAUUAUCACUUUUUACACAAAAAAGUGAAAAAGUGAACUGUUCUGAAAAAAAAAAGCUCUAUGUCACUCACAGUGAAGCUCUAACAAGCCUUUCUUUGCUCGGUGGACUCGAGUUCACUCUCCUACUACUUAUGGUUAUGUGCUUAUUAAAAAAAUAAUACACUCAAGCUCGGACCAUAAAAUUGAACUAGGAAUGAAAGUGUAUGACAAUCAGCUGUGUUUCUGGCUGAAGCCUGUUUGAACUAAUUGAAAGUUGUCAUCAAACGGAACCAAUACAUUCAUAUCAUCAUAGCAAAUAUUGUCCACUCUGGUGAGAAGAGACAUUUAAUGAACCUUUGUGAUCGGUGGAGAUGGAAGCUGUGAUGUGUAUAAGCUUUGUCGUUGUUUUUUUUCUUUUCCUAUCACCAUUUCCUCUCUACAGAGACAAUAGCAAAAAUCAAAGGCUACCGUGGGAUUUGGUACCACUUUGUGCACACUUGGAUCCAGAGAGAGGGGUCCAAAACCACUUCAGUAUUUCCAAGCACUGUGAAUAGCUUUCUUUUACCUUUCAUAUUUCUUCCUGUCUCAGGACUGAAGAUGAGCAGAGCAGAGGAAAAACCUACUUGGCGUACUAACGUGUCUGUGUGCUUUGCAGCAAAGCUGUAAUCUCUGUUUUCUGCCUUUGUUCUGUAUCAAAAGAGGCAGGUGUUUUUUUUUUUAUUAUCAUGUUUGUGCU